GGGCGCAGGAGCCAGCGCCUCUGGUAGCUCCUGGCCAAUGAAGGGACGGGGUGGUCUAGACACCGGUGCCCACAGGACCCACGACAAGGGAGAGGCUCUAAGCAGGGUCAUGGCCAAGGCUGCAGAGCCCUGUCAAAAGCCCUGAUCUCCCUGCAGCACCCAGCCUCUGAGAGACAGCCCAGAAGUUCGCAUCCUGACAACUCGAAAGCUCCCAUCUGGACAAUAACUCCACGUGUCCCAGCUAUGGCUGGUGAUUCUAGGAAUGCCAUGAACCAGGACAUGGAGAUUGGGGUGACUUCCCAGAACCCCACGAAGAUUCCGAAGCAGGCUCGUGAUUAUGUACCCAUUGCCACCGACCGCACUCGCCUGCUGGCCGAAGGCAAGAAGCCCCGGCAGCGCUACAUGGAGAAGAGCGGGAAAUGUAACGUCCACCACGGCAACGUGCAGGAAACCUACCGCUACCUGAGUGACCUCUUCACCACCCUGGUGGACCUCAAGUGGCGCUUCAACCUGCUGGUUUUCACCAUGGUCUACACCAUCACCUGGCUCUUCUUUGGUUUCAUCUGGUGGCUCAUCGCGUACAUCCGGGGUGAUCUGGACCAUGUGGGUGACCAGGAGUGGAUUCCUUGUGUGGAAAACCUCAGUGGCUUUGUGUCUGCUUUCUUGUUCUCCAUUGAGACAGAGACCACCAUCGGCUAUGGCUUCAGGGUCAUCACAGAGAAGUGUCCAGAAGGGAUCAUUCUCCUCCUGGUCCAGGCUAUCCUGGGCUCCAUCGUCAAUGCGUUCAUGGUGGGUUGUAUGUUUGUCAAGAUCAGCCAGCCCAAGAAGAGAGCUGAGACCCUCAUGUUCUCCAACAAUGCGGUCAUCUCCAUGCGGGACGAGAAGCUGUGCCUCAUGUUCCGGGUGGGCGACCUCCGGAACUCCCACAUCGUGGAGGCGUCCAUCCGGGCCAAGCUCAUCAAAUCUCGGCAGACCAAAGAAGGGGAGUUCAUCCCCCUGAACCAGACCGACAUUAACGUGGGCUUUGAUACUGGCGAUGACCGCCUCUUCCUGGUGUCCCCACUCAUCAUCUCCCACGAGAUCAAUGAGAAGAGUCCUUUCUGGGAGAUGUCGAGGGCUCAGCUGGAUCAGGAGGAGUUCGAAGUGGUGGUCAUUCUAGAAGGGAUGGUGGAAGCAACAGGUAUGACCUGCCAAGCACGAAGCUCCUACAUGGAUACAGAGGUGCUGUGGGGCCACCGGUUCACACCAGUUCUUACCUUGGAGAAGGGCUUCUAUGAGGUGGACUACAACACCUUCCACGACACCUAUGAAACCAAUACACCCAGCUGCUGUGCCAAGGAGCUGGCAGAAAUGAAGCGGGAAGGCCGACUCCUCCAGUGCCUUCCUAGCCCCCCAAUGCUCGGGGCCUGUACUGAGGCAGAGCAGGAUGCAGAGGCUGAACAGGAUAUACAAGAUAAGACUGAUGUGCUACGUGGGUCCCAGGAGACCAGGGGCUCGGUGUGAGGACUCCGCCCUCCCCACAGCUUCCCCUUGCUACCCUCCAUGGCACUUAUUAUAGAGUAAGGGAGAACAGAAAGGGCAAUGAGCUGUGGGUGUAGUUUGGAGGCCCAGACCCUGUGGACCCCCACUCUGUGGGGAGAAGCAGCAUAUAUACUCACCUUCACGUCAGGCUCAGGGCCUCUGGACAAGUGGCCCAGGCCUAGGCCCCGGGGGCAGUGCUGCCUCUUCUCAAGCUUCUGUCCACACUGGAUAAAGGUUGGGCCCGAUGGGUUUCCAACAGUGAGAGUGGCGAUGUGGCCUCUCUCUUCUCUCUGCCCACUGGCCCCAGUCACUUCCCUCUCUGGCUCUCAAAACCCCCUCUAG